UGCGAGUUCUGCGUCUGUAAUGUGGGACGGAAAUGGCUGGGAGGGGGAUGGUGAUGUUGAAUUUGGAAAUUGGUGGGGACACUGGUGGACGGAUUGAGUGCAAGGAGUUGGUGUUGAUGGAGGAGCAAGACGCCAGAGUCCCAGCCCUGGAACCAUUCAGAGUGGAACAGGCACCACCUGUAAUCUACUAUGUCCCUGACUUCAUCUCCAAAGAAGAGGAGGAGUAUUUGCUUCGACAGGUUUUUAAUGCCCCAAAGCCAAAGUGGACCCAGCUGUCUGGGAGAAAGUUACAGAAUUGGGGUGGGCUUCCCCAUCCCCGGGGAAUGGUUCCUGAGCGGCUGCCUCCAUGGCUCCAGCGCUAUGUGGACAAAGUAUCUGACCUCAGCCUCUUUGGAGGCUUCCCAGCUAACCAUGUACUCGUGAACCAGUAUCUACCUGGAGAGGGCAUCAUGCCCCACGAGGACGGACCACUGUACUACCCGACUGUCAGCACCAUCAGCCUUGGUUCCCACACCAUGCUGGACUUCUACGAGCCACGGCGGCCGGAGGAUGAUGACCCUAUGGAACAGCCCUGGGCCCCGCCCCGGCCCACCACCUCGCUGCUACUGGAACCGCGCAGCCUGCUGGUGCUACGCGGCCCUGCCUACACGCGCCUCCUCCACGGGAUCGCUGCCGCCUGCGUAGACGCGCUGGAUGCCGCCUCCCCACCGCCCAACGCGGCCGCCUGCCCGUCGGCGCGGCCCGGAGCCUGCCUGGUGCGCGGUACCCGGGUCUCGCUGACCAUCCGCCGCGUGCCCCGCGUGUUGCGGGCCGGCCUCCUGCUGGGCAAGUGACCGCCACGGCCGGGACCCCUUGGAUCCCCCGGCUCCUGCCCGCUUGGGGCUGCUAUGACUCUGCGACCUUGGAACCCUGUUGGGCAGAGGGGGGCUCCCUUGGGUUAUUUAUUUUCCUAAUAAUUUUGUGGGAGCCACAGAAGACCCUAUACCAAAUAAAAAAUCUUUC